GUGCGUGCACCCGCCCGCCCGCUCGCGAGGGCUAAGAGGAACGGGGCGGAGAAAGGAGGAGCGGAAAUGGUGCCACGGGGCCGCGCGGCGCGGCAGCGAGCGGAACAGCCGCCGCCGCCAUGAUCCUUCUGGAGGUGAACAACCGCAUCAUCGAGGAGACGCUCGCGCUUAAGUUCGAGAACGCGGCCGCCGGAAACAAACCAGAGGCAGUAGAAGUAACAUUUGCAGACUUUGAUGGAGUCCUUUAUCAUAUUUCAAAUCCUAAUGGAGACAAAACAAAAGUGAUGGUCAGUAUUUCUUUGAAAUUUUACAAGGAACUGCAAGCACAUGGAGCUGAUGAGUUGUUGAAGAGGGUAUAUGGAAGUUUCUUGGUAAAUCCAGAAUCAGGAUACAAUGUCUCUUUGCUAUAUGACCUUGAGAACUUGCCUGCCUCAAAGGACUCCAUCGUGCAUCAGGCCGGAAUGUUGAAAAGAAACUGUUUUGCCUCAGUCUUUGAGAAAUACUUCAAAUUCCAGGAAGAGGGAAAAGAGGGAGAGAACAGAGCAGUAAUCCAUUACAGAGAUGAUGAGACAAUGUAUGUUGAGUCUAAGAAAGAUCGGGUCACCGUUGUCUUUAGCACCGUAUUUAAGGAUGAUGACGAUGUGGUGAUUGGAAAGGUGUUCAUGCAGGAAUUCAAAGAAGGACGUAGGGCCAGCCAUACAGCUCCGCAAGUCCUCUUUAGCCACAGGGAACCUCCCUUAGAGCUGAAAGACACAGAUGCCGCUGUGGGUGAUAAUAUUGGCUAUAUCACUUUUGUGCUAUUCCCCCGCCAUACCAAUGCUAAUGCCAGAGACAACACCAUUAACUUGAUUCACACAUUCCGGGAUUACUUGCACUAUCACAUCAAAUGCUCUAAGGCCUAUAUUCACACACGAAUGAGGGCAAAAACAUCUGACUUCCUCAAGGUGCUGAAUCGAGCGCGCCCAGAUGCAGAAAAAAAGGAAAUGAAAACAAUCACGAGUUCCUUUUUCACCAAGUACCACAUGGGUGACCUCGGUCGUGAGGUCACUAGCUUGGAGCUGCAUUCAGGGCCCAGUGGAGAGCCAGUCAGUUCAGUUGAGGCCAGGAGAUGAGACGACAGAUAGGGGGAAGACAUUCUCAUCCCGUUAAACUCAUGGGAACACGAGUAAGAGGCUGAUGACAGAACGCUGGAGCACUCGCUACCGGAUAAUCGUAGCUUUUAAUGUUGCACCUCUCCAGAUUCUAAAGGAAUUCUCCCAUUUUGGUUCUAUUUUGUACACGUUUGGAAAAUAAUCUGCAGAAUCGAGCUGUGCUUGCAAGGACUUCAGAGUUCCCAAGAAUUUUUAAAAAAGGAAUUCCACUUUGAUCAAUUUAAUUCCUUUUCUUUAUCUCUCCCUCACCACCACCCUCCUUCUCUCACCCUCUUUCCAAGCUGUUUUGCUUUGCAAUACGUUACUGGUAAUGAGUUGCAGGAAAUACAAUAUUAACUUGUUUUUCUCCUCUAAGUAUUUGAGUUUAAAACUCCUGUAUCUAAAAAUACGGUUGGGGUCAUUAAUAAAGAAAAAUCUUUCUAUCUUA